GGACACGGUGAACUUCCGGCGUGAGUUUUGUUGCUGCUGCUUCACGUUCGAAGAGUGAUGAGAGAAAGACGCACACACACAGGGAGAGAGAGAGAGAGAGAGAGACAGAAAUGGAGUUCAACUGAGCAACAAAGUAACGAAUGAGCCGCAGCACUUAAGAGGCCGGGCGGGCGGGCAGGAUUCUCAUCAGAAGAAAAGAAGAAGAUCACGGGUAGUUUUAUUAUAGAUCAGCUUUGAUCAGCCUGGAGAUGAAGCUCUUGAAGCCGAGUUGGGUCAAUCACAAUGGUAAACCAAUAUUCUCAGUUGAUAUCCAUCCAGAUGGAACUAAGUUUGCCACAGGUGGUCAAGGUGAGGACUCUGGGAAGGUGGUCAUCUGGAACAUGGCCCCGGUUAUCCGAGAGGAGGACGAGAAGAAUGAGAAUAUUCCCAAAUUGCUUUGCCAGAUGGACAAUCACUUAGCUUGUGUGAAUUGUGUGCGAUGGUCAAAUAAUGGAUUGUACCUGGCAUCAGGAGGCGAUGACAAACUCGUCAUGGUGUGGAAGAGAGCUGCUUUAAUUGGUCCAAGCACAGUGUUUGGAUCCAGCAGUAAACUAGCUAAUGUGGAACAAUGGAGGUGUGUCACCAUUCUGAGGAGCCACACAGGAGAUGUAAUGGAUGUCGCCUGGUCGCCUCACGAUGUCUGGCUCGCAUCAUGCAGUGUAGAUAACACCAUUGUUGUCUGGAACGCCAGAAAAUUCCCGGAGAUUGUGAUGACUUUAAAGGGACACACAGGGCUGGUGAAAGGCCUGACGUGGGACCCUGUGGGCAAAUAUAUUGCCUCGCAGGCAGAUGACCACAGCCUGAAGGUCUGGAGGACCAUUGACUGGCAACUCGAGACAAACAUCACUAAACCUUUCAAUGAGUGUGGUGGCACCACACAUGUCCUGAGGCUGAGCUGGUCUCCAGAUGGUCAGUACCUGGUCUCAGCCCACGCCAUGAAUAAUUCUGGGCCCACAGCUCAGAUCAUAGAACGUGAUGGCUGGAAAACCAACAUGGACUUUGUGGGUCAUCGAAAAGCUGUUACUGUAGUGAAGUUCAACCCUAAGAUCUUUAAAAAGAAACAGAAGAAUGGCAGCACGCCCAAACCCAGCUGCCCGUACUGCUGCUGUGCUGUGGGCAGUAAGGACCGCUCGCUCUCUGUAUGGCUUACCUCACUCAAACGUCCCCUGGUGGUCAUUCAUGACCUUUUUGAUAAGUCCAUCAUGGACAUUACAUGGACUCUGAAUGGGUUGGGACUCUUGGUGUGCUCUAUGGAUGGAACUGUGGCAUUUCUAGACUUCUCCCAAGAUGAGCUGGGGGAUCCCUUGAAUGAAGAGGAAAAGAAUGCUAUACAUCAGAACAUCUAUGGAAAGAGUCUGGCAAUCACGAUGGAGUCACAGCUUUCUAGUACAAUCAUUGAGAACCCAGAAAUGCUCAAGUACCAACAGGAGCGCCAAAGAUACCAGAAUCCUAAUGGAGCCCAGGGAAGCGGUCCUGAGAACCAGACACCCAAACUCACCAAUGUGCUCAACGGAGAGUCCCUGGAGGACAUCAGGAAGAACCUUUUAAAGAAGCAGGUGGAGACCAGAACUGCGGACGGGAGGCGAAGAAUCACACCUCUCUGUAUUGCACAGCUCGACACAGGGGAUUUCUCGGCAGCAUUGUUUAACAGCGUGCCGAUCUUGCCGGGGUCGUCUGCGUCAAACCAGCUGACCCCUCAGAUUUCUUCUGAUUCCAGCACAGCCAACUCACUGGGCCUACGACCCUCCCUCGACCCCUCCGCAACCUCUCAUAACAAAACUACUGAAGACAAUAAGGAAGGUGUCGCUCCACCUGUAAACUCUGUUGUUAUGAAAUCGAAUCUGCUGUUGACGUCCGCCUCCAAGAUCGAGCCAAUGAAGGCACUGGACUCACGAUUCACUGAGAGGUCAAAGGCCACACCAGGGGUCACUAGCGCACCAGCAACUAUGGGCAUCACCCCACUUGACAAGAUAAAAGACAGCAACUCUGUGAAGGACCCGAGAGGGAAAGAUGAGACCAGCAGUGACAGUGAGGACAAAAUCAUGGUGAAAACACUCUCGAUGGUGAAGAGGAAGGUAGAGAUGGAGGGAGGAGAGGUGGUAGAGAAGAGAAAGAAGGGAAGGCCGAGGAAAGAUGCCAAAAUGAUGCCCAUAUCACAGCCCUUGCCACUGACUGCAGUUUUAGUGGAAAAGGAGCCAGCUCGAUUAGUAACACCUGUUGUGGCAUUAAAACUUCCCACCCCAUCCAUGCAGAAAUCAUUUAGUACUCAGGUGGGCACUGAUGCCAUUACAUAUCUAGAGGUGGAAAAUGAGGUCUCGGUGGUGUCUGGGGCCCGUCUCAGUCAGCUCAAAUGGAGCAGAGAGGGUCGAGAAUGGAAUACACUUUUACCCAGUCGUAUCAUCAUUGCCACUGGGAGCAGUGAUGUUGUUGCUGUAGCAUGCGAGGACCGUACGCUGUCUGUCUUCUCGGCAUGUGGGCGGAGACUGAUUCCCUCAAUCGUGCUGCCAGCACCCAUGUCAAUAUUGCAUUGCUCGGGCCACUUCGUCAUGGCGCUGAUGGCAUCAGCCACAUUGUCCGUCUGGGAUGUUCAGAAAAGGAAAGCUCUAGUCAAAAAUGAAUCUUUGAACUCUAUCUUAUCAGGCACAGAUGCCACAGUAAGCCAGUCUUUUGUGACCCUACAAGGUGUAGCUGUGGUGGGGUUGUCAAAUGGCAAAACCUACUGCUUCAACUCAUCAUUGGAGACUUGGAAUUUAAUUGCAGAUAAGCAGGACUCUCUGGUGCAGUGUGCAGACUUCAGGAAUUGCUUGUCUGCUCAGGAUGCUCUGGGGUCGAUGGGGCCACUCGCCCUGACACAGGGCAGAAAUCUGAGUGCGGGGCAGUUAGCAUCUCGUCUGUCAUCUACUCCUCACCAGUUGCAGCAGGGAAUGACUCUGGCCUUCCUAGAAAACCAGCUCUCGUCCGCUCUCAUCCUCCUCUCAGCAAACGAGUACAGACACUGGCUCCUUAUCUACGCACGGUUCCUGGUGAACGAGGGUUAUGAGCAGAGGUUGAGGGAAUUAUGUCAGGAUCUUUUGGGACCAGUUCACAAAUCCAGUAGCAGCUCCUGGGAGCCAACAGUUCUGGGUCUGAGAAAGAGGGAUCUGUUGGCGGAGGUGCUGCCUGUAAUUGGUCAGAACUUGCGGUUCCAGCGACUCUUCACAGAAUACCAGGAUCAGCUUGAAUUGCUGCGUCUGAAAUAGCACUUCACCUUAGACCUUUUGAUGUUGUACAUGAGUUAAUUGUCUGCCUUAGCUUUCCCUGGGAGCACUGUUUAUACUGCAGACAUGGACACUAAUUAAAAUGGACACAAUAAUGAUGUUUUUAAGAAUGAAUUUGUUAAAUAACCGUUAUUAAUUAUGUAUGUAAACUAUGUGCCAGUGGUAUGGAGGAAAGGUUGGGAUAUUGUCUAAAAAAUGUGAGGAGAAUUUGAUCAAGCACAAAGUUUUCAUGGAAGUCAUCAUAAAACUGGACGUUUGUAAGCUGAUGAGAGUAUUGAUCCAAACACUUUCUCCCUCCUUUACAUAAUUUUCCUUCAGUUCCAAUUUGUACAGCCAUUUGUCAUUUAUUUGUAAAUGUUUGUAAAAGGCUAUUUCUUUUUUCUCUGUUUUCUAUAAAAUUAAGGAAAUGGUAAACUUUCAAUUAAAUAAGGAAUAAACAAUUUACUAGUUCUCGCUCCAUUCUCUCGCCCUUGCAUUUAAAUAAGAUAAUAUACAUACACUAUAUACUACACUCAUUUGGCAUUAUAUAAGGAACACUAUGGUCCUAAUAAAGUGCCGACGUGGUUUUCUGCUGUUGUAGCACAUCCGCUUUAAGGUUCGACGUGUUGUGCAUUCUGAGAUGCUAUUCUGCUCUCUACAAUUGUACAGACUGGUUAUCUGAGUUACGUAGCCUUUCUGUCAGCUUGAACCAGUCUGACCAUUCUCUGAUGACUGCUCUCAUCAUCAAGGUGUUUUUGUCUGCAGAUCUGCUGCUCAUGGGAAGAUUUUUGUUUUUGGCACCACUGAGUAAAUUCUAGAGACUGUUGUGCGUGAAAAUCCCAGGAGAUCAGCAGUUACAGAAAUACUCAAACCAGCCCAUCUGGCACCAACAAUCAUGCCAUAGUGGAUUUCUAUUUGUAUCUCAGGAAGGAAUACUUAUAUAGAAGAAAUAAUAUCUUAAAAUGAUUACACUUAUUACUUUGUGUACAGAUAUC